GACAGGAGAUGAUGACAUGUUAUAUGUUAUCGUUUUCUGUUUUUUAAUUUUCCUACUACUCAUAACAGGAAACUCAGCAUUUUUGUAGAUUUACAAAGUAAAAAACACGUUGAGAAAAAUUAUAGUUCGCUUCGUACAGAAGGAAAGGAAUUAAAACGGCAAUUUUUUUAAAGACUUCAAAUAAUUUUUAUCUAGCAUUGGGUCAGUUGACAAUUCUGGUGACGUUUUGGAACGCCAAAAGAUAACGUGUAAAACUUUCGUUCGAAGUUUUCCAAUUUUGUUCAAUGCAAGUACCUCUAGAUGAUACCAAUUCGAGCAAAAAAUGAAUAGAAUUAAUUUCUUAAUUUUGUUUAAUUUUAUUUGUGUUGAUUCCUUUUACCUGCCUGGGUUAGCUCCUGUUAAUUUUUGCAAAAAGUCCGAUGAAUCAGAUACUUGCAAAUCCGAAGUCCAGCUAUUCGUCAAUAGACUGAACACAGAAGAAUCUGUUAUACCUUAUGAGUACAACCACUUCGAUUUCUGUUUAGCCGAUGAAACGGCAAAAUCACCUGUAGAAAAUUUGGGACAGGUAGUAUUUGGAGAACGAAUCCGACCUUCUCCUUACAAAAUUCAGUUCAUGAAAAAUGAAACAUGUAAAAUUGUUUGCCGUAAAACCUAUUCUGGUGAUAACGCUAAGGAUAACUUGUUGUUGAGUAAGCUAAGGAAGGGUAUUAGCUUGAAUUAUCAACAUCACUGGAUUGUUGACAACAUGCCAGUAACCACUUGUGUCUCCUCAGAACACAACUCACAGUACUGUUCUACUGGUUUUCAAAUGGGUUGUUACUCAAGAAAUGGGAAACACAAUUGUGGCAAACUAGAGGGCCAAUCAAUUACUCAGCAAGAAGCUUACUACAUCCAUAAUCAUGUAGAUUUGUUCAUCACUUAUCAUUCUGGCGCUAAAGAAGAAUGGGGAAACAAGUUGAAUUAUAAGGGUGGCAGAAUUAUAGCUGUCAAAGCCAAAGCUAAAAGCAUCGAUUACAAAGGAUCUGAAUGUCGUCCGGAUGCUUCUGAAAUGUUGAGUUUGCCAAUAAAGAAGCUUGAAAAAGGCUCAUCCUUUGAAAUACUUUAUACCUAUUCCGUUACAUUUAUCGAAAACAAUGAUGUGAAAUGGUCUUCACGUUGGGAUUAUAUUUUAGAAUCAAUGCCUCACACUAAUAUCCAGUGGUUCAGCAUUUUGAACUCUUUGGUCAUUGUACUAUUUCUCUCAGGCAUGGUAGCCAUGAUUUUGCUCAGGACCUUGCACAAAGAUAUAGCAAGAUAUAACCAGAUUGACAACGGAGAAGAUGCUCAGGAAGAGUUUGGUUGGAAACUGGUCCACGGAGAUGUAUUCAGACCUCCACGUAAAGGCAUGUUGUUGUCAGUUCUUCUCGGUUCCGGUGUCCAAGUAUUUUGUAUGACACUUGUAACGUUAGUCUUUGCUUGUUUGGGAUUUCUCAGUCCAGCAAACCGUGGUGCUCUUAUGACGAACGCCAUGAUGUUAUAUGUUAUGAUGGGAUCACCUGCCGGUUAUGUCUCUGCUAGAAUUUACAAAAGUUUUGGAGGUGAAAAAUGGAAGUCAAACAUUCUACUGACAUCUAUGCUAGCACCAGGUAUUGUCUUCGGCUUAUUCUUCAUCAUGAACCUUGUUUUGUGGGCAAAGGAGAGUUCAGCAGCUGUUCCUUUCAGUACUUUGUUGAUUCUUCUUGCUUUGUGGCUGUUGGUGUCAGUACCAAUGAAUUUUGGAGGUGCCUUUUUUGGAUUCAGACAGCGGCGAUUGGAACACCCAGUCAGGACGAACCAGAUCCCGAGACUCAUUCCCGAACAGUCGAUUUACACCCAACCCAUUCCCGGUAUCGUCAUGGGAGGCGUUCUACCAUUUGGCUGCAUCUUUAUCCAACUUUUCUUUAUCCUAAAUUCGAUAUGGUCUUCUCAGAUGUACUACAUGUUUGGAUUCCUUUUGCUGGUCUUCAUUAUCCUCGUUAUAACUUGCGCGGAAACAACUGUUUUGCUCUGCUACUUCCAUUUGUGCGCAGAAGAUUAUCAUUGGUGGUGGAGGUCGUUCCUCACAUCUGGAUUCACCGCAGUAUAUCUCUUCUGGUACUGUUGCCACUACUUUUUCACGAAGUUGCAGAUUGAGGAUGCUGCAUCGGGUUUUCUCUAUUUCGGUUAUACACUCAUCAUGGUGUUCCUAUUCAAUUUGUUGACAGGAACGAUAGGCUUCUUUGCCUGUUUCUGGUUCAUCAGGAAAAUUUAUAGCGUAGUCAAAGUGGACUGAGUAGUUUUCGUAUGGCGAUUUAUUUCAGUUAUGGUGGUGUGAAAGAAAAAACUCUUUGUUUUCCACCUGUUCGUCCAGGUGAUCAAUGCAUAGAAAUAUAUCAUUUAGAUGUAAAAUUUUGAUUGUUUAACUUCAAUAAUUCAGAGUACUUUUGCUUUCGCUUACUCAGUAUUAUUGAAAAAAUUGAAUAAUAUUUUAAUUUCGUCAACAGAAUUAUGGAAGCCAGUAGUUGUAAAUAUUUCAUUUCAACUCUCCUCGGUCCUACGUUGGAUGCCAUUUAUUCAAGGUCCGAGGUUAAUUUAAAAUGUUACUCUUUUUUUCUACUUAGUGUGAAAUUGGAAUUUCUGUUCACAUUUUAUUGAAAUUACAUUUUGAUGGUAUUUCUUCAAGAAUUAAUUCUUGUUUCAAGUCAGUAGCAACUAACUUUUUGUUAGUUCAGAGAUGUGAUGUAGAGAUAUCGCGAAAUUUAUGUUUUUAUUCCUACUGAAUGCACAAAACUUAUAUUUGUAUUUGUAUUGAAACUUGUGCAGACAUAUUGUGUGAUGAUAUCCUUUUGUGGAAUAUGUAUAAUAGUUGAAUAAAUUUAUUGUAAUUAU